GGUACUCUCAGUAAUGGCCGGCCAAGGCCAAUCAGCUGCUGCUGUCAUUGCAGCCGCCAGUGAUGAAGCAACGCAAGUAUUCAACAACAUCCUCUUGAAUUUGGAAAACCUCAUAGCAACCAAUCGACGACGAAGAAUGCGCUCAGCCUCUACACAACCCACAACAGUGACAAGAUCGCUUUCGGCACGCAGUCUUACUGCAAGAACAGAUCUACUGGAAAUGCCCUUCCACGAUACAAGAGCUACCAGUGUCAACACAGCGCGAAGUUACUACAUCAGUACGGCUGAGGAUAAUACGUCAAGAUAUCCCACCGCUGCAUCGACAUCAUAUUUAACCAAUGACAGCUUACACUCAAGUAAACCACAUUUUCGCACUGCUCGAGAUAACUCGGCUUUUUCUGACACAUCAGCAGGCUCGACAGGAUCCACAGCAGUGUCACCUAUGGUCGAUGCAGAUUUUGCGACAGCUAAAAAUCAGACGUAUCGGGGACGUUCACCGACGCUACGUGUAACAACCAACAGUCAAACUAUGACUCCGCGUCAGGCUUGGUCACAUGUGCCAAUAGGAAGCUAUUCUGUAAUCCGCCCUAUGGGUUACCGGAAUUCAGAAAAUGUCCCACCUUUUGCCAAAAACGAUCAAGAAGGAAGGGCGUCAGCGUCUACUGGUCUAUCGCCGUUUCCAACCGAAUCAUUUGGUACAAUCACAUCAGAUGGAGCUAGUGAGAUCAGUACUGCUGUGUCGAAAUCGAUGUCUGCUUCUGUUACAACCGAUGAACCUACGACUAACACAAAUACCACGACUACCACUACGACAGCUCCGGUUGGUGAAAGCCAAGAGAAAUUGUUAUCGGCCGAGCCCAUCAGUUCGCCUUGCGGGAGAACUGCCUUUCGCCCACCUCUGGGACCAUCGGCCAUACCUACAGAUCAGAUAUUGAUCAUGAAAGAAAAAACAGAAGAACCUACGACUAACACAAAUACCACGACUACCACUACGACAGCUCCGGUUGGUGAAAGCCAAGAGAAAUUGUUAUCGGCCGAGCCCAUCAGUUCGCCUUGCGGGAGAACUGCCUUUCGCCCACCUCUGGGACCAUCGGCCAUACCUACAGAUCAGAUAUUGAUCAUGAAAGAAAAAACAGAAGAUCAAGACGUUAGCACCGCUCAUGGUGAAAGACCUACCUCCUCUAUGUCAAUGUCCAUGGAUAGCUCUACGAACACGUACGAGUACAGAUCAAGGGCAGAAGAAAGUAUGAGUGGCGAUUCUAUUCCAACAGCUGUACCUAUUGGAAGCCCUUGUGGAAGGACUAGAUUCCACGUUCCUCUCGGGCCUUCAGCAAUACCAACGGAUCAGAUUAUGAUAUUUGAUGCUCAGACUACCACUGGAGACAGCCUUGGAAGCACAACAACAGAAUUCAGUGCAGCUGCGGAAAAUAUUGAACACAGUCCACAGCGAAUACGAACAGCAUCACCGAUAGGAACACCAUGUGGCAGAACAAAAUUUCAAGUGCCGUUAGGGCCGUCUGCAACACCUACUGAUCAGAUUCUCAGAUUUGAAGAACAAGUGACAACUAGAACGGUAGUCCCUAACGUGCCUGGUUCCUUGUACUCAACUGCAAAGGAUAUUACCAAUUUUACCCCACUCACGGCGGCAUUGGGUAAUCAGCCACUCACCGGGUUUGACCAAGAUCAGUGGAAUCUGGCCAGAAACGAUACCAGCGAUCCAAAUAUAACAAACAUGAAAACUGCUCGUGAACCAUCAGAAGUCAGGGUACAGUCAGAAAAGGAGAAGAAAGCUUUUUCCAGAUCUCCCUUGUCGCCCAUCGCAAAUACAGCUAGAUUGCCAUCUGGUGACACGUUGUUCAAGGAAAGUGAAAUGCAGAUGAAUGAGAAUGCAAAUCAGAAGAAAGAAAAUGAUCAAAUGCAGCAAAUUCCUAGUCAGUCUCCCAUUCCUCAAGAAACUACACCAGAAGGAUUACCGCAAGUAGAAGUAAUCAAACUUUGGCCGCGCGAUGUGCGUAUGUCACCCACUCUUGGAGUUGUAACUGCCAGAGAAUGGAUGAUGUCACCAACUCCUGGAGUAUCCACUGCACAAGAAAUACCUACGUCACCUACCACUGGAGUCACAACAGCCGCCGAAAUAGCUGAUAGCAUAGCACAAAUCGCACAAGCUCCUCCAAUGUCGCCAGCAAGUCAACUCCAUACCGCUCAUUCUUCACAUUAUGAUGCUGCCACAAUUCCUGAUAUACUCGACAGCAGCACACUUGGGGCUGUCGAAGAAAACGAAAUUUCCAACAACAAUCUUAUUCCUAUGCAAGUCACAAUCGUUCCUGGGAUCCAGUCUUCGCUGGGAGAAAGUAUGAAAACGGAAUCAGAUGUACGCGAACGCACGGAGAAAUCAACUCGCCCCAGUCUGUUCGGCAGAAAUUCACGUCUUUUGCGACCAAUUAGUAUAACUCCUGUUUUACCACAGACCAAUUUAAAAUCACCGGCAACGUCACAAGCAGCAGACUCGCAAGCACAGACCUCAUCGGUCCCGUCAUCGGUACCUUCUCUUCCAAGCAUUUCAUCAGCAAAGGCGUUUCAGUCUGCUGGCAGGGGUCAGCGCUUAGGACACUCAACAACCGGAGGAAGCGCUCUCAGUCGCUUAUUGAGAGCUCGCUCUUCGUCAGGCUUUCGUUCAGAGAAAAAUCCACCAUCCGCUAGGCUUCGCAGAAGCAUACCAGAAGAUGCUAACAGAAAAUUAGGAAGAGGAAGCUCUACUGCUGAUGCGAACAACACUCCUGCUUUUAGCUCAAGCACAGCCAGUCGCUUCGGCUUCAGCGCUACACGCCAAGGAUCAGCCUCAGGAAUGUCAACAACAGCCAGUAACUUUGGCAGACGGAUUCGCCCUAGUGACGGUUAUCCUAGUAGUACGCAGGAACCCAGUUCUCGCAGUGUACAACCACUGUCAGAAGCAUUUGGACAUCGACUUCCCUCAAGUCGCUUUGGAUUACCACCUGCGCCUGAAGGAUGGAAGGAAAGGCUAUCACAAAGGCGCAAUUUAUUGGCAUCAAAAGCAGGUACUGGUGGAUUGUCUCAACAGGAUGGACAAGCCCUGAACACCGCGCAAGAAAGCUCCUUAAGAUCAACGCCUUUUAAAAUUAGAAAAACACCCAGUGAACGUCUACGCGAGAGUUCUGUGAAGACGGCUCGUCCGAUUAGAAGCAAAACAUUGCGAAGACGUCCCAAACCGGUCGACAAUCGACCUUCAUAUUAUGGAGCUCAGGGGAAGAUCAAGAAAAUUAACAAGAGAAACCUGCGCAAACCAGUUCGAAUGGCUAGAGAGACCAACUUUGAAGAAGAUACUACGCAAAAACAGUCACCAGAUGCACAAUCGGAUAAACGUGUUGCAAAUGCGACCCAAUCACCACGAAUGAAGACAGCUGUGGGUUACUUUGAUGAAGUAGGUCCAAACGAGGACGUGAAGCCUGCAGAGAUCAUAAUCCAUGAGCAAGAUGCUGAUGGUUCCUUCAAGCUGGAACUUCAUAUGGCAUGUAAUAUGACCUCAACUGGUCGUUUAAAUCUCAGUGGAAGGGCUCCUGCUGGAUUAAUUCCGAAACGAGUUUCUGUGAAUGGAAAAGAAAUUUGGAUUGCGAGCUGAUUGCUUUACUUGAUCGUGUGACACUAAUUCAAUUAUAACCUCUAUGACCUCAUCUGGCGUUGAUUUUUUGAUUAUUCAUGUAAAAGCCAGAUAUUUGAUAGCCGAUUGUCUGGGCUAUUUUGUAAAUAAAAGUAGC